AACACUUUUCAAUCGUACUUCCGGUGGUGAAGAAUGGAUGACUCGAAGAAGUUCAAAACACCCCAAGAGGAGAUAGAUUAUUGGCGACAACAAGCAGAACGUUUCAAACAAGAUUUGGAGGAAACUCGAGAAGAAUUAGAAGAGUUCCAGAUCAGCAGCAGGGAGCUGGAAUGUGAACUGGAAGCACAGCUGGAACAGCUGGAAUCGAAAAACAAAGACCUUAUAUCAGAGACCUCCAAACUUGGCAGUGAAAAUGCUUCACUCAAAGAAAAGAUUGAGCUUUUACAAACGAACAGUCACAGACAAGUGUCCAAUUUAGAGGAUGAACUAGCUCAAGUCAGUGCCUAUAAAGAUGAGCUGCAGAAGUACAUCAGAGAGCUGGAGCAGACAAACGAUGACCUGGAAAGAGCCAAGAGAGCUACAGUUGUGUCACUUGAAGAUUUUGAAGUGAGAUUAAAUCAGGCCAUAGAAAGGAAUGCUUUCUUAGAAAGUGAAUUAGAUGAAAAAGAAACUUUAACAGAAACGGUGCAGAGACUUAAAGAUGAAGCCAAAGACCUCCGAUCAGAAUUAAAUGUGGUACAAACUAGACCACCUAGUUCAGCCGAAAACCUUGCCACGAAAGAAGAUCGGAAUUCCAAUGCAAUACAUGUACCCAUUAGAAAGAAACAAGACUCGAUGGAAGAGAACAGCAUUAAUGACAAAUCCUCCUUGUCAACGCCUCCAAACAGAGGUAUACCCAUGAGAUCUUCAACAAGCACACCUCUAACACCAUCAGCAAGAAUCUCAGCUUUAAACAUAGUAGGGGACCUUCUUCGAAAAGUUGGAGCUUUAGAAUCUAAAUUAGCUUCCUGUCGGAACUUUGUGAAAGAUAAUCCAAGGAGUGGAAAGCCUGUAGCAGCAAGUCCCACAAAUUCACCAAGAGCGAAAAGAUUAAACAGAGGAGCGUCAGUGCCUCCGCAGCAAGGAGUAAAAAUUCCCGUUUGAUGCCAAGCCAAACAUCACAUACAAACAAUCAGUGAUAUUUUCUAUCCAAGAAAUCAGGGCAAAGUUAAGACAUGCUCCUGAAUUCAAACUAUGACCAGUGCUUAUGAAAACAGUUUUUUUUUUUAUUUCUCUAUUCAAUUUUCAGGGUUAUUUUCUAAGGUUGGGGAUGCUCUCUUUGUUUUUUAUGUAUGAGAUACUUGUAGACAGAAAUGUUUUAUAUGAAAAAUUGAGAAUUGUGUUCCUUUCUCCAUAAUUUCAAAGUAUGAAAAAACAGCUAUCAUUGCUUAAUUUCUUGACUUUUUGCAAUUUUUUGCAAUUUUACAGAUUUUAAAACAUCUGUAUAUUUUUAUUGCAUUGAAUAUUGUAAUUGUACAGGUAUAUGUUGUGAAUACUCAAUUGUAAAUAGUGAUUUCUGCUAAGUUAUUGAGGAAUCAUAAUCAUUGAUAAGGAAUGUAGUUGAUGACUUUAGAUGCAUGGUUAAGUUUAGUGUUUUUUGUUGUCAUGGUUUAUCACUUAUUAUAUUACCACUUAUUUUACUAGGACACAUAGCAUAGGGUUUUCCCCCGGGAAAUGAUAAAAUUACGGAUGUAUCAAAAUCGAAGGUAGACUAGAAAUCUAGACUUUAAAUUAAGAUAAACUUAUUAGAAUAGUUAUUACAUGUAUUUUGUAGUGAUCACUUUUAUGAAGGUUUUGUAAGAAAACUGUGUUCAAUAUAUCAUCAUAUUUAAAUGGCAAUCAAUAAUCAAAUACAUGAAAAUAGAGGGUUUUAUUAGAAGCAAGUCAUGAAUAACAAAAAAUUUCAUUUUUUUAUUAUUUAAUGUUCUUUCGGUAUAAAUUUCUGCUUGAUAAGUUUUAUUUGUUUUCAGUGUUUAGAAAUAACAAAUACCCUUUAAAGGACCUUAUCAGGCCUCAGACAAAAUUGUUGAAAUCUAAUUGGUCAGAUCUUGGUCACAUGACACUGUGAAAAAAAUGUAUCAUGAGAGAAAAGUUCAUAUUGAACGAGUAAUUUAUUGUCGGAUUCAACUUGCAGCCGUGACAAAAUUGGUGAAGCGAUAAGUUGUAUGAUAUAGACCCCCACAUAUACAGUUAGAGGUCUUCAACGUGAUAAAUUCGUUACAUAGUUAGUUAGUGACCUGAUACGGAAAAAUACAUGGUGUGAAAAGAAACCUGUAUCAGGCGGGGCUUCGUAUCUUUGUAUUUUUCUGUAUCAGGUCACUAACUAACUGUGUAACUAAUAAUAUCUGUGUUGAGUAAUCGACACCCUAGAUUUUUUGUCUGAAAUAUAAAAACGCCUAUUGAUUUAAUUUGAAUUCCCAUAGAGAACUGGGAAGGGAAACGGUAUUUUUAAAAACAAAAUCAUUAAAGUCGUGUUUUUGAUUGUUGACAUGUAUGUUUCAUUAUAUUCACCCAACCUUUCGUGGUACUUUGUAAUCUUUCACAAAGCUGCUCAUGCUAAUAAGUGAGUAAGCAGUGUUAUUCAAUAUGGAAAAAAAAUUAAACAUUAGAAAGUUUAAUUUUUAUACAGAUCGACCAUUUAAAUGUCAUGGAAAACUGACUUAAGAACUUUUAUAUCCCUGUGUAUGACAAAUUUGUCUUCCUUUUAGUGAAAAAGGAUUGAAAUACAGUGAUACUGUAUCAUACAUUCUGCAUCUAAAUGCAACAUGUUUACUUUAUAAUGUGGUGGAAUGUAAAUUCUUGUGGCUGUGUGGGUUUCAUUGCAUUGAAUCAUGAAUGAUUACUGCUGUGAAUUUUCGUGUGAUUAUUUUGAUUUUGUUGUGAUAUUUUAUUUGUAUCAGGGUUCUUGUAUACAUCCUUUUCAUUUGGGACAUUUUUGCAGGUGUGUGUGUGUGUGUAUUGUAUUUUUCUUUUUAUGUCAUUGUACAGUAUACAUGUAUGUGUUUUCUAGUGGGGUUCAUUCAUUUUGUGUAGGAAUUCUUUCUUGUCAUUACAGAUUAAUUUCUAAUGAGACAAUUUAUUCAGAAGAUUUAUUUCAAAUACUGUCAUAAACACAAUAUGUAGUCUCUACUUGCAUGCAAAUUAUGAGCCAAAUCCAUGUAUUUUGAAAAAUUAUUGCAAAAAGUAUAAUACAUGUACCUUACUAGGUACAUUUUCAAAACACCGUAACAUCUUUCACAUUUUGUCCUCAAAUAAAUCUAUAGCUUUACUUUUUUACGCCAUGUAUCACAAGCCAUGUAGUGGUAUGGCGUUUCCAUCAAUCUGUUGGUUUUCUCGUCGCCAGAUUAUGGGAUUUGCACACCAAGAGGAUGAGAGUCCUCUAGCCGAUCCUCAAGUCAACAGAUGUUUUCUGGACAAGUUGUUUAGCUGACAUGUAACAUCCACAUAGAAUUAUAGGGAUAUAUUAGUUUUCAUUAUAAAACUCUUGUCCAGAGCAUGUUUUGCACAUUGUGAGACCUAGUUUCUUCAAAUUUUAGUUAAGUAGUCAUGCCAGAUAUUUCAUGGGAACGAGAUAGGCUGUGCAAAAGAAUAAUGUCUCUAAGACAAGUUAUUGCAGGUCUUAUUUUACAGCAGCAGCUUGUUUAACGAUUUGAGGUCAACAUUCUCUAUUUUUUAGAUUGAUUGGGUUUUGUCGUUACAUAGCUACUACCUUCACUCUAGUCUGUCGGUAGAAAAUUUCUACAUUGGCAAUUUUUGUUUAUACUAACAGCAAUUAGUUUUACGAAUGGAACCAUUUUUCUUGGUAGUACUCUGAAUGUACCAAAAUGUCGCUCGCUGUGAAGCCCAUGAUUGCGACCAAAACAUUUUAUAUACAUGUACAAUUCACUUACACUAUAAAACUUAAUUUUUUCAAACGUGUACCAUUGCCCAGUGCUAGCAUUCAAAAGCAAUGUAAUUUACAACUUUUGAGCAUAUGAGGUAGGAUCUGUAGUAUAUUUGCCACGAUGUACAUAUGUACAUGGUGAUAGUAUUGUUUAACUGAAUAAUAGUUUAUGUAGAGUUAGGAGUUCAAAUUUUGAGGGGUCACAGUAGGUACCGAUUCUCUGCAUCUUGUUGAAUGCUCCAGGGUACAAAUCUGGUGUAUCUGUGCUCUUGCUGUGCACUUAUGAUAUUCUUAAAACUUUCGAUCCCAAUCCGUAUUGAUCACAGUUUGUAUUGAAAUACAUGAAAUUUCUUGCACACGUCCGUGCAGUAAUUUGUGAAAUUUUGGACUGGGUCCACUUUCGAGUGUAAUAAACAUUUAAAAACAAGAGGAAAAUGGUCGUCUAACUUCCAUUGAUAAUUAUUAUGCACACCUUUCAUUACGAGUUGAAUUCUUGUAUUAUUGUGUAUACAUGACAGUGUCCUUGUUUUUUAGAUAGAGAGAAUUUAGAUGUCAUGCUCUGUUAUGUUACUCAAUUGAACCGCAAUAACACGGGUAUGAUAUUGAAGCACUGAAGUGUGCAAAACAAUUUAUUUGCAAUUAAAUGCACAGGGGAUUCUGGAGCUUUCAUAUUCUGUAAAAUGAACCAUUGUUUGCAGAAUGAUUUAUGUGUCCAAGUAAAGGUUUUAGAUGAAA